AUGUCCAAUGGGAAAGACGCAAAUGCUGCAGAAAACUCGUCGCAGAUGACUCUGAAGGAGUGCCUGGAUGAGUGCAUGGAGGCCCUGGACCUCUUCCUCAACAACCACUUCAAGGAGAGCCUGGACAGGCUGCGGCCGAGAGUAAACGAGAGCAUGUACCACGCUCUCAUUUACGCCACCGUGCUGGAAAUGCAGGCCAUGAUGACCUUCCAGCCAGAUGACAUCAGCAACGCGGGGCGAACCAUGAAGAGUGCCCAGGAGGUCUGCCACAAGUUCCGGCGGAAGUCCUCGGGUUUGUUGAGCAAGUCUGGAGGCAAUUCGCUCACUGAAGUGCAGCUUCAUGCUGAAGUGUGUUACGCAGAGUGCCAACUCCAAAGAGCCGCUCUUACCUUCCUACAGGACGAGAACAUGGUGAGCUUCAUCAAAGGAGGGAUCAAAGUACGGAACAGUUACCUAAUUUACAAAGAACUGCAUUCCUUAAUAAACUCCCCGAGCUCGCUCAAAGGAGCCAGCCACGUGCACUUGGAAGGAGGAAUAUCCUUUGGAAUCGGGGCCUUUAACCUGACGCUCUCUCUGUUUCCUCCACGGAUACUCAAGGUUCUCGAGUUUGCGGGAUUCUCCGGAGACAAGGAAUACGGUCUGUCUCUGCUGUGCGACGGCGCCACGGGGAUGAAUCUGCGCUCCAUGCUGUGCGCCCUGCUGCUGCUCUGCUACUACACCUUCCUCACCUUCAUACUCGGCACCGGCGAGGGGGAGGUGACCGAAGCCGAGAGGCUGCUGAAGCCUUUCCGUCUCCGGUACCCACGGGGAGCAAUUUUCCUCUUCUUCGCGGGCAGGACGGAAGAGAUCAAGGGGAACAUUGAUGAGGCCGUGGCCCUGUUCGAGGACGGCUGCAAGGCCCAGCAGGCGUGGAAACAGUUCCACCACAUGUGCUACUGGGAGCUGAUGUGGUGCUUCACUUACAAGCGGCUGUGGAAGAUGGCGUACUUCUACGCCGACCUGCUGAGUAAGGAGAGCCUCUGGUCCAAGGCCAUGUAUGUUUACAUGAAAGCUGCUUACCUCAGCAUGCUGCGGGAAGACGAGGCCAGGCCUUUUGGGGAGGACGAGGUCGAGCUGUUCAGACAGGUGCCCACCUUCAAGCAGAAGAUAGCAGGGAAGUCGCCCCCGACUGAGAAGUUUGCCAUCCGCAAAGCCCGGCGGUACAAGGCCCGCUGCCCGAUCCGGCUGCCGGUGCCCGUGUUGGAGAUGAUGUACAUGUGGAACGGCUUCAGUAUGAUCAGCAAACGGCCGGAGCUCACUGAAGGCAUGAUGCAGACUUUGGUGGAGGCGGAGCGCACCCUGCUGGAGUCUCCCGGCAACGAGCACUCGGUGGACGACCGCUGCGUGAUCCACCUGCUGAAGGGCCUGUGCUUGAAGAACCAGGGCCUCCUCCAGGCCGCCGAGGAGAGCUUCGCCAACGUGUUGUCCAGUGAAAAGAAGAUCCGGUUCGACCACUACCUGGUGCCCAACUGCCUGGUGGAGCUCGGCCUGCUCUACAUUGACCAAGGCCGGAGGGACGAGGCCAUCCAGCUGCUGCACAAGGCCAAACACAACUACAAAGAAUACUCCAUGGAGUCCCGCACACAGUUCAGGGUACACGCCGCUCUCGCCAAACUCAAAGCCGACCCGGGGGAGGACGAGGACGAGGACACUCGCAUGUAGGAGGAGGGCUCUUCACACUCUGGAAUCUGGACAUUUUUCCAAUCACAAUUAUUGCUGCUGCAGUAGUUUUUAUCAAUGUUCAACAAGUGCAUGCUGGGUAUUUUCUCAUUGCGUUCAAGUGGACCUUUUGGGGUCUACAGUUAGAAAGGUACAGAAGGUAUCAAAGCGGGAAAGUGGAGUUUGUACAGCAAACUGUAUUUACAAUAUUUUUAUGUUAUAUUGGAAAUCAAACACUCAAUGUUGACCACAAUAAACAUCUAAUGUAAGAAAUGCUAUGAUUUAAUAAAAUGCAUAAUAGUGGCUUUAUUAGGAGCUCUGUGUUUACAUCAGAGAUUCUAUUAGAUGAACUGGCUGAUGAUCAUUAGGAUUCAGUCCCCUGCCAGUAUUCUAUGCACACGUCUUUCAUUUUGGAUUCUGGAUGGCUGCAAUGGAAAAGACUGUUUAAGCUCGUCAACUUAUGUUCUUUAGGCGUGUGACGUUGCAACACUUCCAAAUGUAAACCUGUUUGCAUUAAUAAAUUCUCAAUAUAAAAUUA